ACCUUCGUCGGCCACGUGACCGUGCGUCACAAUUGUCCAUGUUAGUUAGCUGUUGGUUAGCCGUUGAGCUAGAGCAACAGUCGCUUUUUUUUUACAACAUAUUUACUUGAAUUAAACAACUAGAAUGGAGAUUGGGACGGAGAUAAGCAAGAAAAUAAGAGCGGCAAUCAAGGGCAAGCUUCAAGAGCUCGGUGCAUAUAUAGAUGAGGAGCUUCCUGAUUAUAUCAUGGUGAUGGUUGCAAACAAGAAAACCUCUCAACAAAUGGCUGACGAUCUCUCCCUGUUCCUCGGCCACAACACUCUUAAAUUCACAGUGUGGCUUCAGGGUGUCCUUGAGAAGUUGAGAUCUGUUGCAGUCGAGCCUGCAUCCCUAAGUGCAAAUCCUAUCCAGUCUGACGGUGGUACUGUGGGUGAGAAGAACCGGUCCUCUGAUAGUGAGGACAGCCGAGCCGAGGACAUGAAGGUGCUGAUGGUGUCCAGCUCGCGCUCCGAUAGGGCUGAAGCACGCGUGUCCAGUUCUGCUUACGAAAGCAGAAGAGGCAACUUGGAGAAGAAUUCCUCUCGGCUUACCUCCACUGUUAAGCCCUUGAUGGAGCAGCUCCCGCAAGAUGCUGUUAUUGACAUCAAGCCAGAGAUGGAUGAUGACCUCAUUGCCGAUGAUCCUGUAGAAAUGGGCACCAACCACGGUCGAACGCGCGGAUCGGCUGGUAGACCCACAGCUGAAAUCUACAAACCGGGUCAGAGCAGAUUUACUUCAUUAGGCUCCUCAGAAAGGUGUCGACCAUCAGAAGGAUCCUCUCACUCCAGGCAGCAGGACAGCAGAAGCAGUAGAAGCUCCAGAACCGGCUCCAGCAGGCAGCAGCAGCAGCAGGAGGAGUUGUCACGGAAGCGCAAGGCGCCGGUAGCGAGCUCGGUGGUGCGAGUGAGCCGAGCAGCCGACGAGGACAGCGACGAGGUGGACGAGGAGGAUACAGGCUACGGAGGCAGAGGCCUUUCCAGUAGAGUGUCCUUACCCUCCAAACCAGAGCGCAAGCCUACUCUGCCUCCAGCCAAGCAAGCCAACCGUAACCUGAUACUAAAGGCCAUCUCGGAGGCUCAAGACUCCAUUACCAAAACUACUGCCUACCCCGGAAUACCAAAGAGGCAGACUGUUCCUGUUGCACCUCGUACUCGCAUGGCCAGCAGUGAGGAAAUGACUGCAGCCAUUCAGCUGGUGCAGGAGCACCUGCACAGCCUGACCCCCAGGGUUCAGACCUACACCUCUGCAGAGCCGCCUCCCUCCAGAACAUCUGCUCCGGUAAGAUCCUUAGCUUCUCGCCUUCAGUUGGACAUAGCCGAUAGCAGUGAAAGAGGAGAGGAAAGUGACUACGGCAUCGAGGUCGUUGAAGGCAGUGAGACGAAGCCAUUUGAUACCCGCUCCUUCAUAGUGAGCCGACCGCAGCUGGAAGAGACUUCAACCAGAAGCCAGCUUCAUCCUCAGGUCAAAGGGGAAGUCCAGUCUGCCGUACCGCGCACUCUCCAGUCCGGUAAGGAGAGGAGUGACUCUGCAAGCCCCAAGUUCAUAGUGACAUUGGACGGAGUCCCAAGCCCGCUGGGCAAUCUCGGUGACAGUGAGAUGGAGCUGGAAUAUGUGAGACCGCCAAAGGUCACCGACUCGACCAUCCUCGCCAACAGACAGUCCAAAGUCAGCAUCCUUCACAGACUUCAGGGGGGAAUCGCAUCAGCAGAAGUUGAUGUGAUGGAAGUCGAGAUGGCGGAAGAGGGGGCCGUCUCUUUAAAGAAACGUAAGGUGACGGAGCGCUGCAAGUUCUGGCCGGUCUGUAACAGUGGAGACGCGUGUUUGUACCAUCACCCUACAGCACAGUGCAAGACUUUUCCUACUUGUAAGUUUGGGGAUCGAUGCCUUUUCGUGCAUCCCAACUGUAAAUACGACGGCAGGUGCUCCAAGCCGGACUGUCCCUUCACUCACGUCAGCCGAAGAAGCACAGCCGCUCCUCCUCCCAGGCCAGCAGUGCCGAAGAUGCAAACCGCGAGUGUGUGCCGCUUCUUCCCAGAGUGCAAGAAGAUGGACUGCCCAUUUUAUCAUCCCAAGCCUUGUCGCUUCGCGGCACAGUGUAAACGAGCUGGAUGUACCUUCUACCACCCGACCACAGCGGUGCCGCCGAGACACGCACUGAAGUGGUCAAAAACGCACAGCAGCUAAUAAAGUGCAGGCAGUCUCAAGGAAGUGGGAUGGUGGACAUUUGAAGCUAUGGAGGAUGUUUGCUCUCUGUCUCUAUUGAUUUUCAUUGACUUUCAUUUCAUUUUAAAAGAUGUUUGGGUUAGUUUUAAAAAAAUUGUUUUUUAAGAUGAAAUGUUUUUUUGCUCUCUCGGAAUAUUAAAAUACUCUACAUCAAACUUCAA